GCCUAAAGCCGGACGUAUGCUCAAACAUAGAUAACGAAUAUAUAUGGAAAAUGGAGUCAUAUUGUUGCACUUAUGAUGAUAUAAAAUCUGCCAUAGAAGACAUUCGUCCUUUCAUUCACCGAACGCCUCUGAUGACCUGUACCGCAUUGGACAAUUUGGCCGGAACAAAACUGUAUUUAAAAACAGAAAAUUUUCAAAAAACUGGAUCUUUCAAAUUUCGUGGAGCUACAAAUGCGGCUAUCAAAUUGCAAAAGAGUUCCAAAAAACCGGAAUGUGUAGUUACAGAAAGCAGUGGAAAUCACGGACAAGCUAUGGCAAAGGCUGCGCAAAAUUUAGGAUUACCUUGUCAUGUAGUCAUGCCAGCGUGGUCCGUAGAGUCGAAAGUUGAGGCCAUCAAAGGUUACGGCGCCACAGUUUAUAAAGUUGACGCCACUCAGCCGACUAGAGAAAAAAAGGUACGAGAGCUUGUGGAAAAAUACAAUGGAGCCUUCAUCAACCCAAGUCAAGAUCCCUACAUCAUAGCAGGUCAGGGGACUACGGCUGUCGAGAUCUUAGAAGACAUGCCUGACAUCGAUGUAAUUGUGGCUCCAGUUGGGGGAGGCGGCUUGGUGAGCGGUGUAGCAAUUGCGGCAAAAUCUAUAAACCCAUCCAUUAAAGUUAUUGCUGCUGAACCAGAAGAAGCAAACGACUGCUAUAUCUCAAAAAUUAAAGGGGAGCUUACACCGAACCCCAAAGACCCCGACACUGUUGCAGAUGGAGUUCGGGUCAAUGUGGGCCCUAACGCGUGGCCAAUAAUUCGCGAUUUAGUAGACGAUGUAAUCACGGUGUCGGAAAGUGAUAUAAUAUCAGCAAUGCUUACCGUAUGGGAAAGAGCAAAACUUGUCAUAGAACCAACAACUGGAGUUGGAAUGGGAGCAGUUUUUUCGGACAAAUUUAAAGAGAUAAAAGCAAAUAAAGUGGCGGUAAUUCUUUGUGGCGGAAAUGUGGACCUCAAUGCACUUCCCGAUUUGAUAGCCAGGAGACGAAAUGUGAAAGCUGAAUAAUUUAUUGCGAGUGAAUAUUCAUUCUGGGAUAUCACCCAGUAUACAAUAAAUAGUACAAUAUGAAUUUA